ACAUUGUAAAACUUGACAACUUCCUGCUCUAUAAACCCCGCGACCCGGCCUGACAUGUCCAAAGACACGGGCAUGAUCCACUGCGAGGAAGGCUACCUACCUAUACCUUUUUUUUUUCAUUUGCUAGAACAUCCACACCGAGCACGCAUCAAGCCGUGAGUCAAGCACCGUUUGCUUGUGACUCGUGCGUUCCGAGUCAAGUCUGCAGUCUUGUGUCUAGAAUUAAUACCUCAUCCGUACCCAACUCAUCUCAACAGCAGCGGCCUCAUCAAGAGACGAGAAUAUGAAGAAGCCCGCAAUCUCCAUUCACAUACAUAUUUACUGCAUUCCACCACUACGCCAUGUCAUGCGGCCCAUUUAUUAAAAUCGUUAAAGCAUAACCACGGCUUGGGAUGGGGAACACAACCCCGUCGCCCGAGCAAAAUCUUAGCAGGAAGCUGGUGGAGGAGUUCACAGCGGAUCUAGAGGAAUCGCUCAUUCUCGCGAUAGCGGGUGAGCGCGACCUCGAGAACGACUUUGAUGAGAUAAGAGAAAUCCUGUCGUCGCUGGCCGGCAGUGCACGGUCAGAGGCAGCAACGGGCUUUGAACCGUUGGGCUUGGGCUGCUUCGCUGAGCUCGAGGGUCUCGCAUCUGACGACAUCACAAACAGCGGCAAUGGCAUGUCGGGCGUCGAGUCUCUGAAGAUAACCGAGAAUGCCACCACGGUCUCGGAUCCCUUAGAGUCGUUAGAGGUCCUAGCCUUUACCAGCCAGACAAACUUGGGCGAGUCGGACAAGAUCGAGAGCCUCCGAUUGAUCUUUCCAGACUUUGCAGACCAUACCAUCAGAUUCAUCCUCAAACAAACCAAAGGUGAUCUGGAGCUCGCAUUUGACCAGCUUCUCGAUCGCCAGUUUCUGGAAGAGAACAAUGAUCUCCCAAAGGGCGUGAAUAUCUUUUACAACUCUGAUGACGAUCAAAGGCCCAAGAAGGGCGAAGGACACCCAAGUCGUGCCAAGUCGAGCGGCGGGAAGAAGAAAGUGGCUCUGGACUAUACUGUGGUUUCGCCGGCCAGCAACGACGAGGAACUCGAGGGUGCCAAGGGCCCCGUUCAGUUGCCUUCGUCGCGUAAACUCGGCCCAUCAAGAUUGGCCAUCCCCCCAGCAACUUCGUCUUAUGUCAACAAUGAUUCGGGCUGGCAAGUGGUAUCCAAGAAACCAUCGCCAAUCCGGGCAUCUCCUUCUCCAAUAUCGGCAAGAUCAGCCGCUGCAUCGCCGGUCGUGGGAGCUCGGAGCUCACACCUACGCGCCGCUGCUGAGCUCAGUCGAAAGGGUCCCUUGGCAAGGCAAGCUGCCAGCGUGUAUCUCGAGCGAGCCAGAGACGAGACGCGCCUGUCAAUGGGAUCUGUUUCGGCCAUGGCCGAGCGCCAUGUCGAUGGGCAGAGUACGGCCGACAAAAUAGACUUGCACGGCGUCACUGUGCUCGACGGCGUGAGGAUCGCGAAGCACCGUGUCUGGCGGUGGUGGGAGCUGCUUGGGGAGAACCGCGAGGCCAAGGCCAAAUACGGCUUUACCGUCGUGACGGGCGUCGGCCACCACAGCGCCAAUGGCGUUUCGCGUCUGCGCCAGGCCGUCGGGGCUGCUCUAAAGAAUGACGGAUGGAAGGUGCAUGUUGGGAUGGGCGAGUUCCACAUCGUCGGUAGGAGCUGACGCGCCGCUUCUCCCUAUUAUGCACGGAAGCGAGCCUGGCGGCAUUCCUCCAGAGCCCCAGAUCUUCGGAUCCUCUCUCGCAUCAGAGUUGUGGGGUCUGGACCACUGGGGUUGCCUCUUUGAGCUGAGAAUAUUGUGGUACACGUGUAUAAGGAAGGUGUAAUGAUGUGACGACGGACGGGUUUGGGUUGUUACGGCGCAAGUUCCACUGCCGUGUCUCGGCAGUUGGAAAUAGUGUUAGAUUUACGGCCACAGAUAUGAUGAUACCUGGUGUGUAGAUAGCACCGGGCUUACGUAGGUACCUAAUUAGAGGACCUUCGAGGGCUUCUGUAUAAAUACUUAAUGAGGUAAAUCGCCGA